AUGGAGGUUUCGUUGCUGGCCGGACUGAAUGAGGCUCAAAGAGCCGCCGUUACCUCGGAGGCGGCCGUUCUGCAAGUCCUAGCACCUCCGGGCUCGGGCAAGACGAAGACAUUGACCUCGCGUGUCGCGCAUCUACUCGCCCACCGCUCAUACGACCCUCGCAAUGUCAUCUGCUGUACGUUCACGAUCAAGGCCAGCCGCGAGAUGCGGGAGAGGCUCCGCGGUCUUAUUGGAGAGCAGCUCGAAUCAAAGCUCAUCCUGGGUACCUUCCACUCGAUCUGCAGACGAUACCUCGCAGCGUACGGCAACCAGAUAGGCAUUCCCAAGAGCUUCGGCAUCGCGGACAGCUCGGAUAGCAAAACCAUGGUGAGAAAGAUCAUCAAGAAGGGAGGAAUGAAGAUCGAACCCAACACUGCUCGCAACAAAAUCAGCUGGAACAAGGCACGAUUUCGGAGCGUCGAAGUUCUCCGGCAGGAACAAGCCAAAGCAAAGCACACCAAUGAGAAUCAGCAAGAGGUCAUAAAAGUGUACGAAGAGUAUGAAGCUGAGCUACAACGAAAUAAUCUACUGGACUAUGACGAUCUUUUGCUACGCUGUGUUGACCUUCUGCGAGCAUUCCCACUCUGCGUGGCUAAUGUGGAGGCGCUUUUAAUCGACGAGUUUCAGGACACCAAUGUCGUACAGUUCGAGUUGAUGAAAUUGUUUGCUUCCUCGAGGCGCAAUGUCACAAUCGUUGGUGAUCCUGAUCAGAGUAUAUUCGGCUUUCGUGCAGCAGAGAUUGCAAACCUCAAGAAGAUGAGGGUUGUGUUCCCGGAUACCGCCGUCAUCAAUCUUGAGGAGAAUUACCGAUCCGCUGCAGCAGUGCUCUAUCUGGCUCAGGAUGUGAUCGAACAAGACAAAGAUCGACCAAAUAAGAAGCUCAAGUCUACUCACUGCUAUGGUACGACUCCGGUGCUUCGAAAACUGCCAAAUCCCCACGAGGAGGGUCUUUGGAUCGCAAGCGAAGUCAAACGAACCAUGUGCAUGACCGGAGCACUUAUCGACCAUUCAGAUAUUGCUGUGCUUAUUCGCUCCGGCUAUCUCUCUCUGCUGAUCGAGAAGGCUUUUACUGCCGCUGGCAUACCUUACCGUAUGGUUGGAGGAAUGCGGUUCUUCGACCGAGCUGAAAUACGACUUGUGGUGGAUUACCUGCGCACUAUCGCUCAUCCAGAAAACAAUUCUGCUUUUCUAGCCAUCAUCAACGUGCCCUCGCGCAAGAUUGGUGAGACUGCAGUCUCCUCCCUAGCUGCACUUGGGGAAGAGCACGGUUUGUCAGUCUGGGAGGUUGUUCAGAAAGUCAUUCGUGGCGAUCUUAAACCCGAGAAGAACUUGUCAAAACCUUCACAACAGGAUCUCGGUAAGCUGAUCAAUAUUAUCAAACGAGGCCGCGAGAAAAUGUACGGCAUGUCUCCCGCCACAAUUCCCAGCCAGCUCAUUUCGUAUCUCGUGGACUGCCUCCAUCUACCUGCAUACCUUCAGCAAAAAUACAAGGACGACUACGAGGACCGUCUUGAGAACAUUCAGGAGCUGAUCGCUCACGCGAACCAUGUGGCUUCUUUGCCUGACAAUGCGGAAAGCCUUCCCGUUAUUGAUGGCGCAAUCCAGCAGGAAGUUGACCAAAGACAGGAAGCGCUUGACCAGUUUCUCACCAACAUUGUGCUAUCCACCGAGAAAGAAAACGAUGCAGAUGACAAGCCUCGGGUCACAAUCUCUACUAUUCACAGCGCCAAGGGUUUAGAGUGGCCGGUUGUGUUCAUUCCAGCUGUCUAUGAAGGCAGCAUUCCGCAUUCGCGCGCAGAAGAGCUUGACGAGGAGCGUCGACUGCUGUAUGUGGCCAUAACGCGUGCGCAGGCCCUCUUGAACAUGUCGUUCCCCCUUUACAACACGCGCGAUCAACAAAGUCUUGACCUGACGCAAUUCCUGCCUCAGGACCUGCACCACAGAACAGCCGAGAAAGCACCAAGGUUCAGCGAUGGAGUCAUUGCAGACAUUGCCACUACUCUGAGGCGCGAGAUGCCAAGUCAAGAAGCAAUUGCACGGGGUGUGGCUUCGUUGACCGACAAGCAGAGCCCAGAAGAUGACCUGUGGCCACUCGAUGGGCGACCAGCAUUGGGUCCGGAGCAGAAUGUUAUGCUCGGUAACGUAUCGUUUCCUGGGAAAGGGCUGUCAUUGCAUGAAGCCGAGCAGCUCGCCAAGGGUGGGAAGGUACAUGCUAAUAGCGGCUUUCAGCGCGCGUCGCCGAUGGGGUAUCAGACGAGUAUGAGCAAUGCCAACAGCUUCUCCACGGCCAACACCAGCAUGGGCAUGGGAUUUACCACCGCCGGGCAGCAGAUGCGCACUGUUGGUGGUGUGAACGCCAACGCAAAGACCUCCGACAGCCAAUCCGCCAAAGCCCAGCUCGGCUCCCAGAGCUCUGCGCAGGGCAUUGCAAAGGGUGGCAUAACACGGUUCUUCCAAGCUCAGUCACGAGCAACACCUCCGCCUACUGCCGAAGCCGCCCGCAAAGCCUGGACGAAUCGUCCGUCCAUAUCCGCACCCUCCCAUACACAACAGCGCGUCGAGCCACAAGCACAACCGCAACCUCCUCCGGCGCCGGCUCGAGCCGCACCCACCAGAAGCCACUCCGACAUUGCCCCUCAGCUUCCUGUGCAUCAUUUCGGUGGCGUCCCGGGUGCAGGCUUUGGUCGUGCUUCCGCACCAGGCCGCGUUAUAUCGAGCGGUCCUGGUGUAGCAGCGGCGGCAGGCAUCAAGCGGCCCCGACCACUGCCGCUAGAGCAAGUGAGUCCGAACCGCGAACGCAGAAAGUACGUGUUCCUGUCCUCGAGUCCGGCCCCGGAAGAGGUCGAUGCUGGGACGUUGGGUCAGGAAGUCGACCUUGGAGACGACUCGGAUUUAUUUGAGUGGACAGGGAAGGAGAACGAGCCAACGAAGCGGCAGAAAGGCAUUGGUGGCGGGCAGGUCGAUGGGUGCGAGGAUGUGAGGAAGUCGGUAUCGCUGGCGGGGAAGGGGAGGCCGGUGGUCGGCGUCGUCCCAGGUGCCUCUGGGUAUCCGAAGAAGAGUCUGGGUGUUAGAGGCGUGUUCGUGCCGUGGAGUGAGCGGAAGCGGAAAUGA